CAGAGCAGCAGCUGUAGUUCAGGCGUCGUUUUCUCUCUGCGUCCAGGAACAAGAAAAAGCAACCAGGAUGGCCAAAGGCUCAGAUUGGAAUCCUUCCUUAUGGAUGGACACUUUUAAAGAACUGGUGGAUGAAGAGCUGGAAUAUGAUGACAAGUGGACCUUUCAGUUCAACUACAGCCAGACAGAGGAGGUCACCAGGGAUGAGAAGAGGAGAGGCUGGAAGGUCUACAUCCACUGUGCUUGUGGAAAUUUCCGGUGUGAAGCCUGUAGCAAUACCUGGUCCUCAGCUCGGACUACGGUGUUGUACCGCUACAGGCUGCGGGGCAACCGGGGUGUGGUGUCCAUGCGUCCUUUUGGACAGGCCUGUCGCAGGUGCCAGGAUGAUGGGUUUAAUCUGCCAGGUUUUUCCAAGGAAGUGGUGGAAAAGAGCUUCAUCAGGUUGUUCGGAAAAAUAAAGAAAAAAUGCUACAACGAAGAUAGUGAUGGUGAUGAAGGCCCAGCAGCUCCUUUCAUACUGACCAAACCACAUGAGUCUUCUCUGUGUGAGGCCUGUCGUUUGGGCAUGUGCUGUCAGAAUGAAGAAGAGUCUCAGUCUGUGCAGUAGACUCAAAAAGAGACCAAAAUCCAAAGGAUGUUUAGUGGUUGGCUGAGAGGAUCGCCCUUUUCCUCUUUACAUGUACAAGUUUCAGUAUUUUUGGAUAAUACUGUCUUUAAGUUGGUUAAAACAUGAUAUGCCAUUAAACCAGGACCAAUAACUAAUUUAUUAAAGUG